UGCAGUAAAGACCAGCAAAGGUCAUUCCUCUCUACAGCGACAGAGUGGCUCUGAGACAGGAAAGGUGAUCCCUAUAUGAAACAUUGAGCUGAUGGGGAGGGGAUAAAAGCUGGAGUUUUGUUUGAUUUAGAGCAAAGUCCCUUCAGCUGAACUCCUCUAUAUAAAGCUGGAUCUUAAGCCUUUCAGCAGCAGCAACCUACAGUGGCCCCAUACAGAGAUGGUGAACAUCAGUGAGUUUCCUCUGCAGCUCCUGCCUUUUAGGGCCUCGGACCGUCUUCUGCAGCCACUCUGGGAUUAUUUGCUUUUGCAUCACCUGCCUCUCAUCUCGUCUCCUUUUUUCCCCGUCAUUCUCGCCUUUUCCAGCUACUUCUUCUUCAGUUUACCUUUUGCUGUUCUUGACCUCUUAGGAGAAAGGGUUCCUUUAUUCCACCAGUACAAGAUCCAACCAGACCGGCAGCCAACACUGGGAAUGAUGGCUAAAAGCUUUAUGGGAGCUCUAUAUAAUCAUAUCUUCUUUGUUAUACCAGCUGUGAUUAUUAGUAUGUUCAUAUUGCCGACACCAUCACUGCCACAGGAAGCUCCAACAAUGUGUGAGGUAUUUAUCGAUGGCUUGGCUGCACUUCUCCUUUUUGACACUCAGUACUACAUUUGGCAUUUCAUACACCAUAAACAUAAACAGCUUUACCGCUGGGUUCAUGCAGUCCACCAUGAAUACAUUUCACCAUUCUCAUGGUCUACUGAGCAGCUCAGCAUCCCAGAACUGAUGACAGUGGGGCUCUGGAGCAAUCAAGACCCAAUUCUUCUAAAGUGCCAUCCACUGACCACAUGGUGCGUGACAGUUUUCAGUAUCUGGAUGUCUGUUGAGGACCACAUAGGCUACGACCUGCCGUGGACCCUGAACCAUCUGGUGCCUUUUGGUCUGCUGGGUGGUGCACCUGCUCACGACAUGCACCACCAGAAGCCGAACAGUAACUAUGCUCCUUUCUUCAGCCACUGGGACAGAAUUUUUGGCACUGCAGUCACUUUGAGAAAAAAACCCAUAAGGAGAUAAUUAGUAAAUACAGUUUUUAAAAGUUAA